AUGGAAUCAAUCGAGCGUGUUGUUCUCGAAGGCGGGGAUGUGUAUACGGAUACAUCUGGACUUCCUGGGGUUGGGCGGACGCGUAUAUUACUUAGCAGUGUCAAAGAGUACCUCAAUCAGCAAGGUAAUGAAAAGGCAUAUGCACUAAUCAUCGAUACCAACGGUGAUCUCAACUUGCACGAUACAGGGGAUGAUAUUGUUAUGGAGCGUGUCAAGUACAUCAGGAUACUGUCAAUUACCUCAUUUCUGGCAACUAUGAUAGCUUUACCUGGGUAUAUUGACAGCCAGCCAUUUGAUAUAAAGCUGGUAGCUAUUGACACGAUAUCAAACUACAUUCGAUAUCCAGAUAUAAAGCAGAGCGAGAAGAUGUCAGUGAUGAGUAGCCUAAAGAAGACAAUCAACAAGUUGAAUACGGAGAUGGCUGUGAAAGUUUUGAGUACGAGUGACGCGAUACUUCGAAAGGCAGAAGAUGCAUCCACAGCGUCUACUUCCUCUGCCUCAGAUCAGAAUCACUACAUUGGAGGAUUCUUCGGAUCACAUUUCUACCAGUCGUUAAGGUUUAGACAGCUGCAGAUAUACUACGAGCCAGGGAAUAGUCAUACACGUAUAAUGAAGGUGUUAAAAGAUAAUUCUGAUACGAGUUACAAGUAUACGAUUGAUUUUGCUCAAACACUCAACAACACGCUAUUCAAACGUAAUAGUACAUACGUCGCAUCCAUCUUCGUUGGUACAUUUGCAUUCGGAAUUGGAUACGACGUUUUAACGACAUCUAUCUGGGAUAAGAACAACGCAGGCAAACAAUGGCCAGACGUCCGUGCAAAGAUUCUCGCUGCCGGUGGCUCAGACGAUGAGUAG